AACCCCUCACCCAGCCAGCGUCCCGUCCUGUCUCUCCAAGUCCAGACAGAGCUCACUCCUUCCUGCGAGCACCAAGGAACGCCUCUCCCCGCUAACAUGGCCAACAAGGGUCCUUCCUACGGCAUGAGCCGUGAAGUGCAAUCCAAAAUCGAGAAGAAGUACGACGAGGAGCUAGAGGAGCGGCUGGUGGAGUGGAUCAUAGCGCAGUGUGGCCCCGACGUGGGGCGCCCGGACCGUGGGCGUGUGGGCUUCCAGGUCUGGCUGAAGAAUGGCGUGAUUCUGAGCAAGCUGGUCAACAGCCUGUAUCCGGAUGGCUCCAAGCCGGUGAAGGUGCCUGAGAACCCGCCGUCCAUGGUCUUCAAGCAGAUGGAGCAGGUGGCUCAGUUCCUGAAGGCAGCUGAGGACUAUGGUGUCACCAAGACUGACAUGUUCCAGACUGUUGACCUCUUUGAAGGCAAAGACCUGGCAGCGGUGCAGAGGACCCUGAUGGCCCUGGGCAGCUUGGCAGUGACCAAGAAUGAUGGACACUACCGUGGAGAUCCCAACUGGUUUAUGAAGAAAGCCCAGGAGCAUAAGAGGGAAUUCACAGAGAGCCAACUGCAGGAGGGAAAGCAUGUCAUCGGCCUACAGAUGGGCAGCAACAGAGGGGCCUCUCAGGCUGGCAUGACAGGCUACGGCCGACCUCGGCAGAUCAUCAGUUAGAGGUGGAGGGCCAGCCCCCGGCCCCGCCCUCGCCCAGCUCGCCGGCCGCAGCCCUCCCGCCUCGCCAGCCUCGCCAGCCUCACCCACACCCGUGUAGUUCCUUCAGCCCCGGCCAAGCUUCGAGGCUCCGUCACUGAGCAAAGGUGACUGCACUUGGGCAGCUCGCCCGCACCCCUCAGCCUCAGCCCAACUUCUGACCCCAAAGCACUGCUCCCCUGGCCCACCUCCCACCUUUCCGGCCAGCUCCACUGUCUCUCCAUCCCGGGCCGAGCAGGGGAGACGCGGGCUGGCAGUGGCCUGGGUGUGGGCAAGUCCACUGUCCUCCUGGGAAGCUGAUGCUCAUAGAAGGAGACCCAGGCCAACCGCCCCCUUUUUUUUUGCUGGAAUAUUUUGGGGGUUGAAAUUCAAAAGGAAAAAAAAAAAUACAUCAAUCUUUUCUCA